AUGUUUCAUAUUUGUUCCAUAAUUUCUACUACUUCCGCUUCUAUUAAUACCAGCACUGCAUUCCUGUUCUUUUCUUUCCCACUCCUCCCCCUUUUUGUUCUUCAUCUUCUCCCUCACUUCCUGCCUCACUCCUCUUCCUCCUUCUACUCGCCUCCUACUCCUUAUUCUCUUCCUUCUUCUUUGCCUACUACUUCGGUUUCCGUCUCCUCUUCCUACUACUUUUCUUCUGCUUUCUCUUUCUUGUCUUCUACCUCCGUAACAUUUUUUUUACUUCUUUUCCGCCCCAUCCUCAUUUUUCUUCUUCUCUUUCAUAUCCUCCUCCUCCUCCUUUUCUGUCCCCUCUUCCUCUACAUCAUUUUCUUUCUCUUUCACUACCUUGCACCUCCUUGGUUUUCUUCUCCAUCUCUUUCUUCUAACCCACUUCCCUUUCCUCUCGUAUCUCCCCGUUCUUCCAUUCCCAUUCUUCUCUUUCACCACAAUCUCACACCUGCUCUCUUCUGCUUCACACACUUCUUUGUUAUUACUAGCAAUACAAGUAACACUUGUGUUUAUUUGUUAUUUAGACAAAACAUUAUAAUUACUCUUUCAAGAAACCUGUGA